AUUUGACUUAUUAGCUACCGACAGGUCCUCAGAAAUGAUCCCAAGUUUUUAGAAAGAGAUAGCAGGUCCUCUUAAGAUCCGAUCCAAGUUUCUCCAUUUGAGAAAGAGGAAGGGGCUUUCUCCAUCCCCAAUUUUUAGGAGAGAUAUUAAAGGGGUUUUCCAUUCAGGUGUGAGGAACGGAUUUUCAGACAAUUAAAUUUAGGAGAGAAAACAGCGGGUUUUCUUUUUUAGAGAGAGAGAGAGUGAUUUUCUCCCUAUUCAAUUCCAGUGGAGAAUAGAUUUCUCUAGAGAGAAAAAGGAUUUUCUCCCAAAAACAAAGGGGUUUUUCAUUCUAGAGAGAGGAAGGGAUUUUCUCCCAAUUCAGUUUGCAGUUCUUAAGAACCGUAGGUUGCAAGAUUAACCUGUUUAUGGUUCAAAAAGCUUAUCCAAUAUGAAGUAUUUGGAGUACACUCCUUUAGACAGUAUAAGUUCUUUCCUCAGUCAUGUAAACCUUGGAGAGUGCAUCCUCAAGGGAAAUCUUGAAGCGUAUUCAUGCAAACAUACUGGGAUGGAUAAGAAACUAUCACUUAGCUUGGAGAAAGAGUUCUUGGAUUGCCUCGCAGAGUCUCCAGGAAGUUUCUCAUCCUCUCCUUCCUUGUCUAGCAAAGACGGCCGGAAGACAUUGAUUUACCUGGUUCUUACUCUCAAUCACAUGUAUCCAGAUUAUGACUUCAGUGCGGUGCAAGCUCAUCAUUUUGUCAGAGAGGAUGCAUUGGACAAUUUCGAACUGAAAUUUAAUUCUUACAUGUUAGAGGCAGCAAGGGAAUGGGCUAGCAUUAAUGGUGAAAGUUCUCUUCUGGAGUCGACACUAAGAGCUAUUGAUGAGGUAAUUAAUCUGGAGGAAUGUGAAGUUUAUAGUUACUAUCCAGAUUUUGAAGAAGAUCCCUCUUUAGAGAAGGGAGCCAUAUGGUCCUUCUAUUUCUUCUUCUAUAACAAGAAGUUAAAACGUGUUGUAAGCUUCCGCUGUGCCUGCUUAAGCAAGUUGGUGAUGGAUGAUGAUCAAUUUGUUGAUGAGAUGCAAAUGAAUGAUGAUUGGGAUAUAUUUGAUGGCAUGGACAUGUGAUUCUGUACAAAUGUGUACAAAAUGUAUAUGUAAAAAUGAAGGCAAGCAGACUCCAUGUGUAUGAUAUACUUGCACCAACCAUCGUUGUUACCUGUAGACUAUCAUGAGCAGGACUGUCCAUGUGACUGAUUUUUAGAGACUCUUGUACAUUGCAUGGUUUGUUUGUUUGUAUGGAUUGUACGGUUAGGAUUGACUAAUCAAUGAAGCUUUUAGUGGAAUUGGAGGUGAGUUAACAGUU